CGCGUUUUUCCUCUGGAAGUCCCGACAAUUGAGAGGAGUACCUGAACGCCACCCGUUCAACAUGGCGGCCCAACGGAGGAAUUUAAUGCAGAGUCAUAAGAGUUGGACAGACGACCUGCCCAUAUGCCAGCUGUGUGGCGUUGGCACGGCAACCAACAGCUUAUAUGAACCCGAUGGCAAAAGCACGCAGAGCCACCCUAACGAGGACACUUACCUACGCUUCAGGAGCGAGGACGGAUGUUCGCUCUACGCCGUUUUUAAUGGCUAUGACGGCAGCCGGGUGGCCAAUUUUGCCUCGCAGUGUCUGACCGCCGAACUCCUGCUGGACCAGCUCAGCUCCACGCACACGGACAACGAUGUGCGCCGCAUCCUCACGCAGGCCUUUGAGGUGGUGGAGAAGAGCUACCUGCACAGCAUCGAUGAGGCUCUGGCGGAGAAAGCUAACCUGUCCAGCUACAUGCUUCCACACAGUGAGGCAUGUACUUAUAUAUUUGUUAUAUACACACUUAUGUUACAUACAUAUAAAGUGCAGGAGCGCCUGAAGGAGCUGGAGCAGGAGGUGUCGGGAGGAGCGACGGCCAUCGUGGCGCUCAUCCUUAACAACAAGCUGUACAUUGCCAAUGUUGGCACCAACAGGGCACUGCUGUGCAAGACCAGCACUGAUGGCCAGAAUCAGUUCUUCCAGCUGGGGCGACCACAUAACACUGAAAAUGAGGACGAGCUGCAGAGACUGACUGACCUGGGUGUGGACUCGGCUCGUGUGAGGCAGGCGGGCCAGAUCAGCGGGCAGAGCAGCACCAGAAGGCUCGGAGACUACAGGGUGAAAAUCAACUACAGUGACAUUGACUUGCUCAGCACGGCCAAGACAAAGCCGAUCAUCACCGAGCCAGAGAUUCAAGGCAGCCAGUCGUUGGACAACGUGAUGGGUUUUUUGUUGCUGAUGUCAGAAGGACUCAUCGACGCCCUGGAGUCGGCGCACGGCCCUGAUCACGUCAAUAAGGAAAUCGUUGCCAUGGUAGCAGCGGAGUUGGCCCAGCAGACCAGCCUGGAAGCGGUGGCCCAGUCGGUGGUGGACCGCGUCAAGCGCCUCCACCACGACGUCUACAUGUCCGGCCGCCAGAGGGCGGCGUUGUGCUCCUGCCACGAAGACAUGACCCUGCUGAUCCGCACGCUCAACUACCCGCUAGCGGACGCCGCACUCACGCCGACACAAGGCGGCCGCAUCUACCCGGUGUCGGUGCCAUACUCCAACAGCCAGAGCACCAGUAAGACCAGCGUCACCCUCUCUCUGGUCAUGCCAUCCCAGAGCACCCUGACCAACGGGACCAACACGGCCUCCACCGUGGAGGAGGGCACCCCCACACCAGGCCAGAGCCCCACCGCUACGCUGCAGUCCACCAACACGCAGACGCAGAGCUCCAGCUCCAGCUCGGGGGACGGCAGCCUGUUUCGCCAGCCGGGCAGCCAGGCGGUGCAGCCGGACGAGACGGGCCGGGUGCCGCCCUACGUGGACUUCAGCCAGUUCUACCGCCUGUGGGGGAGCGACCACGGGGACGGGCAGACCGCCCACGGGGGGUUGGGACCCCAGUGAGGAGACCAGGACCAAUUUAGGCACACGUACAAACGUCAGAGAGCUUCCGGUUGCUUGACCGUCAUCAACCAUUUUACUUGGGCCACUUGUGAGCAGAGUCCGACCCCCAAAAAAAGACGGAGUAAGACUGGAACUUGAAGUGAGUCUGUGACCUCCGUGGUUCACAUUUGUCGCCCACAGUUGUCUAAAUUGUUGGUGCUACCGAGAAAACAAACGCGAGACCCAAAAAGGACUCAUCUCUGCGGGUGGGUGGCCAGUAGGUGUGUGAGACUCUGGGCACCUAACGGUUCAAUCUCUUUCCUGGGGUGACAAUUCUAUUCAGAAACAAUUCUCGAUUCAAACGGAUCCUUGCAAAAUGUAAAUAAUUUGGUAUAAUUAUUCUAAUGAAACUUUUUCAAAACAGCUUACAGGUUAGAAAAGUUUCUUCUGGUUGCAUGGAGAUGGCCUAAAAACAUUUUCUUAAAAAU